AUGUUAGAAAGGAUGCAAAGAUUUCAAAAACCAUUGUCUCACGUUCUUGCUGAUUCUACCGACACUGAGUCUAUAUCUGGUACUGAAUGGUCUAAAGUCGAUUGCUUACUGAAAGUUAUGAAGCCGUUAUAUGAUGCUACGCAAAUAUCAUGUGGAGUUAAAUAUCUUACUUUGUCAAUGGUAAAACCCUUACUGUUUGGGAUAAUAAACGGUCUGAAUAGUAUCGAAUUUGACUACGACGAUUCAUCGGAAAGGGGACAAGAAUUUACAGAUAAUAUUUUGAAUGGUCUAGAAGUCAGAUUUUGUGAAGUUGAUCGUGAUAUUAUUUUUAAGAAGAGUACUUAUCUGGAUCCCCGAUACGAAAAUUAUUUUUAUAAAGAAGAAGAAGUUAAACAAAUAGAAGAAGAUAUUAAGCUCGAAAUCGUGCGAUUCCUGAUGCCGGGUGAUGAUUCUCAAGAACUUAAUGUUUUGACCAGAGAACGUAAGAUUUUACAAUAA